AUGAAACAAGAAGAAGAAUCUGGUAACUCUAAAGGAGGAGAGGAUGGAGUAACGUCUGGUACAGCACUUAACGAAAGUACAAGUAAAAGCAGUGGAGACCCAAACGAUGCUCCGAAGGUUGUGUCCGGCUCUGCACACCCAAGUGGUGGAGAAGACCAUGCAGCAGAACCAACUGGAAUCGACAGUGCCACAGACAGUACCAGCCCUGAACGGAAUACAGCCGCAAAUACAUCAGGGAGCAGUAUGGGAAGCGUGAGUACGAGCAGUCCUAGUUCUGAAAUGGAGAAGAGAAUUGGGCGGCCAGACUGCGAUAUGGAACGCAGCAGUAGCUCAUGUAAUGACUCUGUAUCGGAAUGUAACCAAAGAGACAGUAGCUCUUGUGAUGCCUCUGUAUCCGAAUGUAACCAAAGCCUCUCGUCCUGCUGCUCAGAAUGUAGCAUUCAUUCUGGAGUUAUUGACAAGUGCGAAAGACACCGUGAGAGCAGUGAUGUGGAUCAUUCCCAUCCUCUACCAGUAGCUGUUCCCACUUUGAAUGGACGUCAGGCAGAAGGUGCAGAUGAAUCAAUGUCGGAAUUUAAUCCAAGGGACAGCGUGUCAUCAACUUCACUAAGUAGCACACCCUCUGGAGUUAUUGACAGGAGUGGAAGAAAAUGCGAGAACAGUGACAUGGAUCACUCCCCACCAGGUCCUCCACCAGGAACUGCAUCCAGUUCGGUUGGACAUCAGGCAGAUGCAGUUGCUGUCGGAUCAGUCACCUGCCAGCCGAUGUCUGAUUCUCUCACUGAGCAAGAUACUGCCAUGUCCAGUGCAGGGUCCACAGGUACGUUCACGAGGAAAAUGACGCUCAGAUCAGGCAGGGUUACCCAAGUUGAGAGUGUUCCUCCGAAGAAACAUCGUGAUGUCAGCGAAACGAGAAGACAUAAAUCUGUAGGAAGACCCCCGAAGAGGAGAUUUUCUGUGGAUGACCAGAGCCAUUCUUCCUCGGAGGAGAAUCCUGAAAAGUUACUUCGCGUAGAGUCGUCCGAUACGAUGACGUGCUUACGCAAGACAGAAGGGAGUACUAGCUUUGAGAAUAACCAGUCCGGAGAUAUUACAAAUGUGUCAUCGGGCCUUCCUAGGGAAACAAUUUCAAGCACUGUUGCGGAGGAUUCAUCAUCAGAAAACGAGCGGCUGCUUCUUGCAAACCCUGAUGAUGUCCCUGUUAGCGAAGUUUCGCGUACAUUUACAGCUGCAGAGGAGGAAGCUAUGGUGGGGAAUGAGAAAUCCGUGGAAGAAACGCUCCAUACUGAUAAAUCAGAGUCACCACCCGAUAGCGAACAAACUCCUGUCGACAAAGAGGUGCUCGAUCAGGCGUUUACAAGUUCGGAGUCAUCAGCCUACCAGUCAGCUAAGAAUCAUAUGGAAACAGAUCCAUUACCUCCUACACCUAUUGGAGGGGAGUCAGCUAAGAAUCAUAUGGAAACGGAUCCAUUACCUCCUACAGCUAUUGGAGGGGACGAACAAGUUCAUGCAUGUGCGAAGCCCACAGUUCCAGAUAUUCCAACAUCUCACGUACCAUGUGCUAGUGACUCUGUUGUAAGCAGAGAGAUCAUGAAAGAAAUUCAGCCAAAUGGUGCAGAAAGUCGUGCGCCUCGAAGUUCAGCAUUGACUUUGGACAAGAAUGAAUGUUCUGCCAAUAAUUCCAUUGAAACUACCACCGAUACGUUUGCGCAAGUUACUUGCGAUGGCAAUCAAGAACACGCCGAAGAGAAAGUUAAUAGCGCGUCACAAGAGAAUUCUGCGGAAAUUCCAGCUGGUGAAACCAGUUACGGAUCGAGGCGGGUUGCACUAGACCUUCAAAACAUUCCUUGCCGGAGGGCAGCGAGAGAUGAUGUUAUUCCAAGCUCAUUUUUCACAUCGGCAGGUAGAUGUGACUCAGAAAAAAGUUUUGAGAGAAAUGUAACAAUGGACGUAGAAAUAGACGUCAAUAAAGACCGUAUGCAAGCAGCACCCGAUAGUUCCACAGAAGGGGCAGUGGGAGGAAUUACUUCUAAAACAGCCACGAAGAUUCAUGAGCAGGUGUCUACCAAUAUUUCUCACUUGCGAGGCGCAGACGUUACAAAAGAUGAACCUUUAAGUCGCCCAUCUCGCGAUCACAGCGGUCUGAUAAAGUGCACAAAGAAAAUUAUAAAUGAUAUACCACACGAGAGUAGGAACACAGCAUCUUCUAACAUGCGAGGCAAUGAAGAUAACGCUGCAGGGAAGGUACCUCGAGAAGCAAGUAAUCUCGACAGCUCUGAAGAGAGUGAUGCGUCAUCUGUUCUCUCACCUGAGGAGCGGUACGACCAGAGGAAUCUCCAGAUAUACCGCUAUAUUACAACGAACGGCGGGUCUGAUAUAAGAUACUCGCCAUAUGUCACCCGGCGACGCCCUUUAAGGUCCGGGUACAGCGAUGGAGAUAAUUACCGCCGAACCAGGAGGCAGCGUCACGAAGCUCGGCAGGCAGAUAAUGGUGUCCAGACCACCAGAGACGCUUCGACCUCAUUUGGUGAGGCAUGCAGCAUUUCCUAG